UAAAUAUGAUGCAUCAUCCUAUUUUUUUUUUCAGAUGUGUUUGGAGGAAAUGAAGUCAAGAUUAUGGAAAUGCUCGAUGCUAUUCGCGCUUGGUCAGAUGAAAUGGGGUACGAACAAACCAAUUCUCUCCGAAUACAACAACCUGAUAGCGGUAGAAAAUCUCCAAGAGUUGGCACUGGAGGCACUUUUGGAGGCGAGGAUGAUAAAGUGAAGGAAAGCCUUCGUAUGAUUUCUAGUGAAGAUGAAGGAGGUCUUUGAACAGAACAACGUGCAUAGAGACGUUCAGCUCUCCUUCAGCUGAUGCUCGCCAAGAAAAAAAAUAGCUCAAACCCAUCCCCGGUGCUUUAUGUGGGCAAAAACUCGACGUGGAUUUCUAGAUGCAAGCACCCCCCACUCCAUUCAUUCGCAAAAUUACGCAAGAUAGAUACAGCAAGCUCACCCGAAAAAAAAAUCUGUUUUUACCAAAGUCUUCUCAGAGCUCUAAAGCUCCCAUUCUGUCCCUUCAAUUCUUCCUUCACCUUUAACCCCUCUUUAAUGUCAGAACACUAUUAUUAUUAUUUUCCUCAACUACAUAUAGUCUUUCAUAUAUAUACUAUUCAUGCAACAGUAAAGAUACUUUCACUUUUUAUCAAUUUUCCUGUUGUUUAAUUAAAGCCGGAACAUGACUUUGUCGUAUUGUGAUUGUAGGAUGUCUACAUAUUAUUUUGAGGAACGGGG